CAUUUGAUGUCAUCCUUGUAACUUUGUUUAAGUUAGUGAUGGUGAACGAUGGCAGUCGGCAACUGUAGUGCUGCAUUAUUGCCUCGCCUCCUUUCUCUUCUUGACAUUCUUUAGGUAGGCACAGUAAUGUGUCCUACUUCUAUUUCCUUUGGCUGUCCUUCACAUCCCAGAAUCUCUGUAACCCCCUCCCACCCUGGCUUUAAUCUACUGAUGAAGUCCUCGGGGUUAAGACUUGCCUUGAUGUGAUGGCAUCCUUUUAUCUUUUUAACUUGUGUUUCGACAGAAUGUCUCAACAGAAUUGCAUCUGAACAAUAAUAGCAGCAGGUGGAGUUGUUGAUUUAUUUCUCAUCGUUGUCUUUGAUCUUUGCUUUUAUUACCCGCUCCCAUGUUUUGUGAUCAUUUCCCUCUGGAACACUCACAUCAACAUACAUAUUUCAUGCAGUAUUAUUCCAGAUACAGGCAUUGUGAAUACUGCUUGAAGAAGUCAGGCAAUAAUGUACAUUUGUAUUGAUUGUAAUGUAAUGUAGUUUUGAAGCAGACACAUUACAACAAUUUUGAUCAGCAGUCAUUAAACCACUAUGAUAUAGCUGUGGUACAGUGUAAUGGUCCACUAUAGAAGAAAGGAUGCACUAAGUAUCUCUUCAUACAGAUGUUGAUGUAUCUACACCCAGUCUACUAUCAUCAGUAUGGCUCUGAAUGUCGAGUACUGUGUGAUGGAGGUCGACUGCCAACCAGAGGAGUCCAUCGUCCCUUCGUUUGACGACGACUGCGUGGUGCUUGGCGACGUCAAGGACAUGAGGUUAGAAGCGGAGGCCGUGGUCAACGACGUCCUCUUUGCCGUCACUCAAAUGUACGUGUCGCAAAAUCUGGCGAGCGCUUUAGAUGUGGCCUAUAUAAACGUGGAAACCAGAGAGGGGAACAGAUACUGUCUGGAGCUCACAGAAGCAGGACUGAGGGUGGUAGGCUACGCCUUCGAUCAGGUCAACGAGGAUUUAAGCAACCAGUAUCACGAGACUGUUUAUUCGCUGCUGGACACGCUAAGCCCAGGCUACAGGGAAGCCUUUGGAAACGCUCUGCUUCAGCGCCUGGAGAGCCUGAAGCAAAAUGGACGAUAAGAAAGUGGACAGAAUGCUGGUCGUUUUUUGUACACUUGUUUUUUCCAAAUUGAGAAAAAGUCACUGGGUCAAAUCUAGUCUUUCACAAACACCACACACAAAGGGCAAAAUGAGACAUGAAACAAUUAGAAAUACAUGACGACAAAACCAGGCACGCCUCAGUCAGCUGUUGGUAGAGUCUCUGUCAGAGGGUUCCUAAAAUUAGCUGGUGGUCAAUAAAUAUUCUGGUCUUGAAAUAACGGGUAAGCACAAUUUCCACAUCAUAAAAAUGCAAAGAUAUUCAAAUGUUUAAGCAGUAGCUAGUCACGUGUCAUCUCUCUCUCUCUCUCUAGGCAUUUGCCACCAUGCUAAUUAUUUGCCAAGUGGUUCUGAGUGUGAAGCACAACUUAUUUGCAUCAAACUAAUGCGUUCCGAGUUUUUCCUACUACAGUGAAGGCAUCACCGUCGAUGUCCUGCCUCUGGUUAGUUUUGCUUAGUUACAAGUAUAAAGCUGAGGAUGAGCAAAUACAACCAAACACUACAACAUGCCUCUAGAUUUGUAGACCUUUCACACAAAUGAAAAACUUCAUGCUUGCAUGACCCACUUCCACUAUGUCAAUAUUUAAGUAUUAGUACCAAGAGAUACUGCAAUACUAAAGGGUAAACUGAAAUUAUUCAUAAUAAAAUAACCAUGAUACAAGUGUUUUCACAAACAAAAGGGCCGGAGAAAUAUAUAUAUAUAUAUAUACACACACACACUUGCUCUUAACCCUGAUUUGGUGUCAGUUGCAACACAGUUGAAAUUUCCCUGUUCUUGUCUGCCCUGCUUUUGCACUUGAGCUGUGAUCUGACGACUGAUGGCUGCACAAAUAUGCUGUGCUAGUUCUCAUGCAGCAGGUGUCGCCGUCAAAGAGCCAAAGCUGUGUUCUGUGCAACUUAUUGCCUUAACGCUGGACCUUUUGUUCAAAGUACAAAUGCACCAGUUUUACUUUGAUUCAGUCAGAUUUUUCUUUUUCAGAUUAAAGUUUUUUAGAUUUAUGCAGCAUACGUCAACCCGUGCGUCUUAAAUGUGAAUUUUAAACCUGUGCUGUAAAGAUAUGGCUGUUGUGUGCUCUUGGCCUCAACAUUUACAAGUUCAUACUCUGGCUGAUUUUCCUGUUUGUUUUGUUUGUGUGAUAGCAGUUGAAGUUUUCUUUAGCUGAACUUGCUGCUCUUUGCUCAGAAAACAGAAUAUGAAUAAAAUCUCAGAACCACA